CGGUGGGUGGCACCCGGCUCGCUCUGGGGAAGGGGGUGGCGGCUGGGCUCUGCUUUUAGCCGGCCAGGCAGAUUUUCUGCCUGCCCGGACCCCCCUCCCGCUGUCACGGCGCCCCGGCCUCGAGUCCCCUACGUGGCUCCCCCAGAGCCCUGACACCCGGCGCACCGUGUACACGAUCUCGGCUCGCGAACGCGGACAAGUGGGUGUGUCGGGACCAUUCCCGGAGGACCAGGGCCCCUUCGGUGGGUCAAGCCCCAGACUCGCUUACUGGGGCCUGGGCCGCUCGAGGCUAAAUCCGCCCCCGGAGCUACGUCAGGCUAAUCCAGUGCCAGACUCUGGACUUGAGGGUUCUGGGCUGUGGUCUGUAGAAGCGAAGGAGAGAAGGACUCAAAUCCAGGCCAACUGUAUGGCUGUCUGAGGUGUUGGAACAGAAGGAAGUCCAUUCCUGUCGGUGACAACACUGUGGCCCUGUUCUGGAAUGACUGAGGUGUAAAGGUUUCCCCCAAGAAAGAGCAGCUGAGUCCUUGCAUCUUGUGGCAGCUGGUGUGCCCAGCACUGAGCCCGUCGGAGCUGAAGGCAGCCCGGCCCCUUCUCAUGGGCAGCACCCACCUGUGCUGAGGUCCUGCAGCGGUGGCUGUGUGAGGAGCUGUGCCAUCAGUUGUAACUGAAAAUGUCUGACGGUCUGGAUAAUGAAGAGAAACCCCCAGCUCCCCCACUGAGGAUGAAUAGUAACAACCGGGAUUCUUCGGCGCUCAACCACAGCUCCAAACCACUUCCCAUGGCCCCUGAAGAGAAGAAUAAGAAAGCCAGGCUUCGCUCUAUCUUCCCAGGAGGAGGGGAUAAAACCAAUAAGAAGAAAGAGAAAGAACGCCCAGAGAUCUCUCUUCCUUCAGACUUUGAACAUACGAUUCAUGUGGGGUUUGAUGCAGUCACCGGGGAAUUCACUAACUCCCCCUUCCAGACCUCUAGACCUGUGACGGUCGCUUCAAGUCAAUCAGAGGGAAAAAUGGGAAUUCCUGAGCAAUGGGCACGAUUACUCCAAACCUCCAACAUAACAAAGCUGGAACAGAAGAAGAACCCCCAAGCCGUUCUAGAUGUUCUCAAAUUCUAUGAUUCCAAAGAAACAGUCAACAACCAGAAGUACAUGAGCUUUACGUCAGGAGAUAAAAGCGCACAUGGAUACAUAGCAGCCCAUCCUUCGAGUACAAAAACAGCAUCAGAGCCUCCUUUGGCUCCCCCUGUGUCUGAAGAAGAAGAUGAAGAAGAGGAAGAAGAGGAAGACGACAAUGAGCCGCCACCAGUCAUUGCACCAAGACCAGAGCAUACAAAAUCAAUCUACACUCGUUCCGUGGUUGAAUCCAUUGCUUCACCAGCAGCACCAAAUAAAGAGGUCACACCACCUUCUGCUGAGAACGCCAAUUCCAGUACUUUGUAUAGAAACACAGAUCGGCAAAGGAAAAAAUCCAAGAUGACAGAUGAGGAGAUUCUAGAGAAGCUAAGAAGCAUUGUGAGUGUUGGUGACCCAAAGAAAAAAUACACAAGAUUUGAAAAAAUAGGUCAAGGGGCAUCAGGUACUGUUUAUACAGCGCUAGACAUUGCCACAGGACAAGAGGUGGCCAUAAAGCAGAUGAACCUUCAACAGCAACCCAAAAAGGAAUUAAUUAUUAAUGAAAUUCUGGUCAUGAGGGAAAAUAAGAACCCCAAUAUUGUUAAUUAUUUAGAUAGCUACUUAGUGGGUGAUGAACUAUGGGUAGUCAUGGAAUACUUGGCUGGUGGCUCUUUGACUGAUGUGGUCACAGAGACCUGUAUGGAUGAAGGACAGAUAGCAGCCGUCUGCAGAGAGUGCCUCCAAGCUUUGGAUUUCUUGCACUCAAACCAAGUGAUCCACAGAGACAUAAAGAGUGACAAUAUUCUCCUUGGGAUGGAUGGCUCUGUUAAAUUGACUGAUUUUGGGUUCUGUGCCCAGAUCACCCCUGAGCAAAGUAAAAGAAGCACUAUGGUGGGAACUCCCUACUGGAUGGCACCUGAGGUGGUAACUCGAAAAGCUUAUGGUCCAAAAGUUGAUAUCUGGUCUCUGGGGAUUAUGGCGAUUGAAAUGGUAGAAGGUGAACCCCCUUACCUUAAUGAAAAUCCACUCAGGGCAUUAUAUCUGAUAGCCACUAAUGGAACCCCAGAGCUCCAGAAUCCUGAGAGACUGUCUGCUGUAUUCCGUGACUUUUUAAAUCGCUGUCUUGAGAUGGAUGUGGAUAGGCGAGGAUCUGCCAAGGAGCUUUUACAGCAUCCAUUUUUAAAAUUAGCCAAGCCUCUCUCCAGCCUGACUCCUCUGAUUAUCGCUGCAAAGGAAGCGAUUAAGAACAGCAGCCGCUAGGACUGCAAGCCUUACCCCACACCAUCUCCCUCACGAGUAAGACUGAAAUAAAACUCCACUGCAGGAAAGCUGGAAGAAAAGACAGUUGAAUGGGGUGGGGAUUCUUUAACUUUCAAAUGAAUAGAAACUUCUUAUAAGCCUUUUUCCUACUCCCUCAGAUUAUGUAAUUUAUUUGUAAGCCUGAAUCGCAGCCCAAACAGGGCAGCAAUGUCGAAGUGGCCAUAAAGUGGUCACUUCUACCGUGAAGCGAAAGAGCCAGUAGUGAAUCCCCUCAUUUUGUGCAUUCACUUUGAAGAAAAAGAUUUCUCAAAGAUGCACUCUCCCUCUUCAUAGUGUUGUGUUUGUUUUUAAGUUAGAGAGUAGUCCCUCUUGCAUUCGAACCUCCUUCAAAACUCCUUACCCAAUGUGAUGUUUUUCACUUGCAUUGUCAUUAGAUGUCCAGAAAAAAAAUGUCAAAACGUUUUUUUUUAAAAAAGCAAGUAAAAAACAAAAACAAAAACAAAAAAAACAAAAAUAAAACAAAACAAAACAAACAAAAAAAAAACCCAGAGCAAGUACUGUGUGAACAUGUGGAAGUCCAUGCCCUAAUAGAGUUGAAAUUUUUUAUUCUUCUUCUAUAGUGGUGGCUCGGUUUGUGUACCUGUUUUUCUGCAUUUGUAUUGGAAAAGGUUUCUUUUAUGACAUUUUCCAAAAGCAGAGAGGAAUAUGUGUGUUCAGGAAGGGCUUUUAAAAACUCUAUGUCUAAAAGUUCAAAUGGUGAAAUCUUAUCACAUUUUCAUGAUGAUGCUUAAGAGGUAGUUGAUUUAUCAUUUGUAUAAACCAGCUCGUUCAUCUUCAUGAUACCUGAAAAAAGACACACCAAAACUAUGGCACUCCAGUUGGGUGAGUCCAGGUCUUAAACCUAGGAAAUCCUGAUAGGAGAAACCAUACUUAAACAAAGACGGGACUUUCUCCAAGAGCCAAAAGGAAGAUAAUAUAAGUAUGCAAUACUGAAAUCCUUGUUGGACAGUAAACAAAGAUAACAAUACCUAAUUUAAUCCUGUCUUGUCCUUGUGGAAUGUAGGUAACUGUAAAAUAGGCACAACAGGAGGAAACAGACCCAUUAACCAACAUUUGCGGCUGGUAAAAAUUAUUUAUCCUGACAAUUUGUAACGUUAAAAAUUUUUUUAAAGAUCUGGAGAACAGAAAUAUUGUAAGCACUCAACUCUGUAAUAAAUGGGAGGUCAGUGAAAACUCCAUCCCAGUCAACAUUAGGCUCUAAGUACUUGUUGCCAUUUUCCCUAUGUGUCACCAAUUUCUGUUUCUGGAUAUGGUGUGUUCAUACUUAGCCCUUUGGGCUUUUGAAUUUUAAAAACAUGUUUGUAAAGAUCUUGAAGUUCUCCAGUGAAAAGCAUUUGGGUUUGCAAUCAUAUACCCCAAGAAAUAUCAGUCCAACUGAAUUCCUUUUGUGGCUUGGGAAAAAUAUGAAAAUUUGACUAGUAUUUCACCGUGUAUCAAUUUAUUAGAAAUUCAACAGUUGCUACUUCCUGAAUCUUCUGAGUGUAGAAAAAUAUCUGGAGGGUGUCUGCAUAGAAAAGGAUACGCUUCUCUUUCGAGUGUAUUGUCAAUUUUAUAAAUUCUGCAUAGUUGUUUCUCUAAGCCUUUGAAAAGCUAGCAAUUUGUGCGGUAGAAGGCUUCUUGAUUUGUAGUAUGUCAAGAAUCUGAAUAGAACCUAUCUACAUCCAGCAAGAGAGGGAAAGAGAUCAAUGCCAUGGGCCUCUCUCCUUCUCUGCCUAGGCACAUCCGUCGAUAUAAUUAUCUAUCCAUUCCUUAAAAUGAAAGCACUUUCUUUAGAGAGUUUCUGCUAACCAUAUAGUGCACGUGUUUAUGUUUAGGAGAUGACACCACUGGUGGAUUUCCUAUUAUCUUCUUUGACUAUGAAAUUUGGGAGGGGCUUGACCCCCCGCCCCAAAAAUGUCCACAGUGGGAUAAAACAACAAACAUGAAAAGAUCAAGUGGUAAUAUUAAUUUGAAGCAUACUAUGUUAUACUUCACAAAAACAUGGCUGGGCCUGAAAAUUUUAAUGCCACAUUGUUUUAAUGAGAGAGAGAGAGAGAGAGAGAGAGAAGCCUUAAUUUUGAUUUCAUUGAAAAUUAAGUAUUUUUUAAAUUUUUCAUUCAUAGUGCCAGGGAAUUCAGUGAAAUAACACCUGGGAUGCAAAUAGAAUUCAGUACAUUGAUAACUAUACCCUGCCAGGGGAGAGAGCCCCAAACCUGUUUGGGAAGCCCUAGUUAUCUGUUAGCAUCCCUUACAUGUCAUGAAGGCCUUUUUUUGUUGGGGGGAGACCUGGAGCAGUGACCCUUCAGGUUACUGUAGGCGGAGAAAU